CAGGUUUAUUUAUUUUUUCUUGUUAUUAUUUAAAAAAUAUGUUUGCUUCUACACGUAUUGCCCUUAGAGCAGGACUUGCUCAACGUUUCUAUGCAACUGGUGCAGGAGCCAACACACUUUUAUUUGUUGAACAUAAGGAUGGACUCAUUGGAGGAGCUACUUUAAAUGCUUUAACCGCUGCUAGUCAAUUAGGUGGUUCCGUUACUGCCUUAGUUGCUGGUGAUGCCCCUGAAGCUGUUGCUCAACAAGUUGCCAAGUUAGCUGGUGUUUCCAAAAUCUUGACUGCUAAAGACGCUGCCUAUGCCAACAAUUUACCCGAGGAUAUUGCUCCUCUUCUUGUGGCUGCUCAAGCUCAAUUUGGCUUCACUCAUUUAUUGACUGGUCAUACCGCUGUUGGUAAGAACAUCUUUCCUCGUGCUGCUGCCUUGAUGGAUGUUGCUGCUGUCUCUGAUAUCACUGGUAUUGAAGCUGAAGAUACUUUUGUUCGUCCCAUUUAUGCCGGUAAUGCUAUUGCUACUGUCAAGUCUGGUGACAAGAUCAAGGUAGUUACUGUCCGUGGUACUGCAUUUGAAGCUGCUGCUUCUUCCAACGAAUCCAGUGUUCCUGAAGAAGCUGCACCUACUGCUGAAAAGCCCUCUUUGACCCAAUGGGUCAGUGAGGAGAUCCAAAAGAGUGAUCGUCCUGAUCUUGGUACUGCUAAGCGUGUCAUCAGUGGUGGCCGUGGUAUGAAGAAUGGUGAAAACUUCACCUUGUUGUAUGAUUUAGCUGACAAGAUUGGUGCUGCAGUCGGUGCUUCCCGUGCUGCUGUUGAUGCAGGAUUUGUUGACAAUUCCUUGCAAGUUGGUCAAACCGGUAAAAUUGUUGCACCUGAACUCUAUGUUGCUGUUGGUAUCUCUGGUGCUAUUCAACAUCUUGCUGGUAUGAAGGAUUCCAAGACCAUUGUUGCUAUUAACAAGGAUGCCGAUGCACCUAUUUUCCAAGUAGCUGAUUAUGGACUUGUUGAGGAUUUAUUCAAGGCUAUUCCUGAAUUGACCGAAAAGAUUGCCAAAUAAAAUAAAAAAACCCCUAAAUAGAUGAUUCGCCGUUCCAAGGGUUGGAAAAAUGAAACUCUAAGGGCCCUCACAAGCAACAAAAUUAUUUUUUUAAAGAUCCCGAUUAAGGACUUUAUUAUUAUUUUUUUUUUUUUUUUUUUU